CACAGUGGAGGUCUAACCCCUGGUUCCCGGAGCGGUCGGGUGUAUUCUCCGCUCGCCCCCACGCCCUCGAGGCCCCCGCCGCCCGACCCAACGGCGGAGCCAGCCAGUAGCUCCCGCGGCGCCCUCCCGCACCGGAUCGCUCCUCGCUGGGGCGAGACCUGGCCCGACAGCUCCGGUCACUAUGAGUGAGACAUCUUUCAACCUAAUAUCGGAAAAAUGUGACAUUCUAUCAAUUCUCCGGGAUCAUCCUGAAAACAGGAUUUACCAGAGGAAAAUCCAGGAACUCAGCAAAAGGUUCACCGCGAUCCGCAAGACCAAGGGGGACGGGAACUGCUUCUACCGGGCCUUGGGCUACUCGUACCUGGAGUCUCUGCUGGGGAAGAGCAGGGAGAUCCUCAAGUUCAAAGAACGUGUCCUGCAGACCCCAAAUGACCUUCUGGCUGCUGGCUUUGAGGAGCACAAGUUCCGAAACUUCUUUAACGCUUUUUACAGCGUGGUAGAGCUGGUGGAGAAGGACGGCUCCGUGUCUAGCCUGCUGAAGGUGUUCAACGACCAGAGCUCCUCGGACCAAAUCGUGCAGUUCCUGCGCCUGCUCACCUCAGCCUUCAUCAGGAACCGAGCAGACUUCUUCCGACACUUCAUCGAUGAGGAGAUGGACAUCAAAGACUUCUGCACUCAUGAGGUGGAGCCCAUGGCCAUGGAAUGUGACCACAUCCAGAUCACGGCCCUGUCCCAGGCACUGAACAUUGCCCUGCAAGUGGAGUAUGUGGACGAGAUGGACACGGCCCUGAACCACCAUGUGUUUCCUGAGGCUGCCAUCCCUUCUGUUUACCUGCUCUAUAAAACAUCCCACUACAACAUCCUGUAUGCAGCUGAUAAACACUGAUUAAUUUUAGGCCAUGCAGUGGAGCCUGUCACCUAACGGGACUGCAUCCUGAAUGGAACAUUUAUGGGUUUUCAAUUUUUUAAGCGAUUCAGACUGUUGUUAGGAAAUGUGCAGCCUUUUGGGCAAAGUCACUGGCAAUGAGGCCUACUCACUACGGACUGUUGGUAACUUGGCGGUAUUUUUUAGUAUUUAUUUUCAUGGAGGAUCAAAUGCUUUCUAACUCUGGGCUGGGAAGCCAGAACCUCAGGCUCUACUCCCAGUUCCCUGAGACCUUGGGUAGGUCACCUCCCCUCUCUGGGCCCACUUCUUCACCUGGAGGAGGUUCCUGCCGUGUUGACUUUCUAUUGUAUAAAAAUGGGCUCCUCUGGUUUCUCUUCACCAGGGGUAGUGCCUCUCUAUAGGGGAGGAAAAGCUCAAGGUCAGCUGUCCUAAGUGACUUGUCAGCUCUGUAACAAAUCAAGUCCAGUCAGCUGUUGGACUGGAUUUUGGUGGAUGGCCAAUUGAGGCCAACUUGAAAAGCGAGAGCUUCAUUGCACUUCCAGACAUUCAUGAUGGAGUGUUUUCUUACCCCAAAGUUAAGGAAAAAGACUUAUGCCAAAGUCUAUAAAGGGGCCUGCAACCUCCAGCAUGAAGCCCCCGUUGCUGGGCCCCCUCUACUUCCCUCAGGGCCAGGACUGCCUGCUUUCUGGAGGGCAGCCCUGCAGGGUUCUGCUGCCUCCCCAUCUGGACAGAGGCUCAAGAAAGACUAGGGUCUGAGACCAAGAAGCUGUCUCACCAUCCCCAGCACAUUCUGGAAGUAGAAUCCAGAUGGCCAGGUGGAAACUGGCAGGUGCAGCCAUCAACUCCAGCUAAGAAGAGCAGGCACAUUUUUUUGCGGGUGUCUUUGGCCUUUUUCCCCUUUCCCCCUUGUGUUUGGUUUAUGGACUGGCGAGAGGUUAGGCGGGAAAAGAACAGACGAGCCGAGGAGACUGGCAGUGAGAGCGCCCACUGUGGAAACUGCCUGGUAGCUAGGAGUCCUGGCUGGCAGCCUCCUGGUUCAUCCACAUGGACAUGCCCCUUAGUAACUUCCUCACCUUGCUGCCUCAGGAGCCCUGGUUGAACUGGGGCACCACUAGCAAGCUCUCUUUCUCUGUGGGAGGAUACGGUGAACAGAACACCGGGGUGUGGAACUGCCCUUUGAGAUGGGAACUUCCUUAAUCAAAGGCCUUCUCACGGGUUCCGUUCUGCAGGGAUCUGUUAGAAUCUAUUGGUGUGGCAGUGCCAGACUGUGCACCAGGAGGCCUGGUAACAGACUGCUCCCAGCCCUUGUACACCAAUGUCCGAUUUGUAUCACUCUUCUGCCUUCGUGAUGACCGAUGUCAGGGUGCUUACUCCCAGGCAGUGACCCAGAUUCCCAUACCACCCUUGGCUGGAAUUUGGACCCAAGAGUUCAAGCUAAGUGACUCACUUUUCCAUAGAAAUGUAAACCUGACCCUGAUCUCUGAAUUGGUUCAGUGUCCCACCCUGCUCUGGCAGGAGUGCUGUGACAAGUGCACUGGAAGAGCUGGGGGCGAACAUGUUACGUGAUUUGUAUCAUGAUCCCCGUUUCCAAGCUGAAGGGCACUGGGCUGAAUGCCCUCGGCUGCUCUGAGGGGUUGUGAGGUGAGUCCUGAGCCUCCGGCCGUGCUCUCAAGCACAGCAUCAUCAAGCACUGGCUGCCACUUAAUUGCAUUUGUGGUUUGUGUCAUGUUCACAAAAGCAGAGCUUCCUCUUUGGCAGACAGGCUGGAGGAAUUCCCUCUGUGACUUGUUUGUGCUGUGUUCCCAGGCCUGAGAACCCGCCAGUGCUCAGAGGGGACCCUCUUCCCACAAGAGAUCCUGUUUAGAAUCAGAACGCCCAACAGGCAGGAGGUUUUCAUGACCUUGCCCUCUGCUCUCCUGUUUUUUCACAAAACCAACCAACUACUGGCCAAAUCCAAACCACUGCUCUCUUCCCUUCACAUUUGCCCCCCUGGAUCUUGUCUUUGAAGGGAAAGCACUACGGAGGAAAGGAGUGGUAGGAUUCAGAGAAACUUAAAGUUAAAAGCCAGUCACCCGUAGACAUUACCCUGCUUGUCUGGGGCAGCCUGUCAUGCCAGCAAUCACACUUCCUGGGUAAUUCUCCCUCCACCCAACCCAUGAAGCCAUCUCUUUCCAGACCAAAAGUUGGAAGGAAAGUUGCUUUGAGAGUGUCUUUAUAAUUGUACAUGUAUUUCCUUCCACAGGAAACUUUAUAAAUCAAUGAAUAUUUAGCAACAAAAAGAACAAAC